AUGGAAAAAACAGAUAUCCAAGAAAGCACGGCAGUUACCUUCGAAUGGACUCUUCGUGGUCUCAAGAAUAUCUUUGAAUCGAGCAAAGGCGAAUCGAAGUCAAAGGUUACCAAGUCUGUGAGAUUCGGACAUGGUCGCUGGCAGAUUCUCUUCUAUGCGAACUCUGGCACGGAGGGCGGUGGGUUCGUGAGCUUAUAUUUGUCUUGUGAACCCACUGCCGAAGAAAAAGACAAUGCGGUGGACGGAAAGUGGGUACGAGAGGGCGUCUACAAAUUCAAUUUCGAGCUUCGAAGUCUCGGAAAGACCGCAUUAUUCAAUAUCAAAGAAGCCCACAACCAUUCAUUUUCAUCGAAGACAGCCAAUUGGGGAUGGGCUCAGUUUGCGCGACGAGAUCAUGUAUACUAUCAUUCAAAUGCCGUCAAAGAACAGGACGCCUUCCUCAUCAUCUGUACUAUCACAUCAUCACCGGCAGAACCUACACAACCACCGUCAGCACCAGCUCAGCUUGUACCGAAGGAUUUCCUGGAACGCGUAGGGUCGCUGCUUGAUGACCCACUAUACUCCGAUGUCGAGUUCGUACUGCCUUGCCGAGGCAGGUCGAAGGGUUUUAGGUGUAUCUACGCCAACAGGAAGAUAUUGCAAAGAGCAGAUUACUUUCAGACUAUGUUCAGCUCAGGAUUUUCCGAGGCUUCUUCAGACCAUGGCCAAUACGAUGUCGAUGAUGGCGACGGCGCCUCAGACGACACCUAUCUUAGUCGUCAGUAUGAUGAUUCGGAUGAUGAAGACGAUGAAUUUACGACAGAGACAAUCGAUGAACCAAGUUUUGAUGGCACUGUAGAGUCGCAGAUCGAAGAGGAGGCUGGACCUUUCGUGAUCCCAGUUGCAAGUACCGGCGACACCGAACUAAAUGCCCAUUCCGUAGAGUCAGAUGCACAAAUGUCGAGUGGUCCAGAAGACGGACAGCCACGUAAUGUUCAACCCAAGUUAUCCCACCCGUCAUCCCCAAGGAGCAAUAGCGUAGCUCCUGACACGAAUGCGCACGAUUGGAUGAAACCCACAGCACCUGCCAAAGGCAAGGAGAUUGCGGGACCCAAGAAAAUGCGUGUCUUCAUCCGGGACGUUGCGUAUGCAACUUACAGGGCUGUUCUCUACUACAUCUAUACUGAUGUCAUUGUCUUCGCCCCCAUAUCCUCGUCGUUUAACUCAACGGCUCGAAAGAAGCCGCCGACAAUAGUUUCAACAGCGCAAGCCCCCUCUGAUAGUCAGUCUAAUUUGCUCGACAUUCCAAAAGCAGGGAGCUCGACAGAAACUCCCACUUCAAGGAGAGAGUGGAUCCGAAAGUGGCAACAAAACCAUCCAGGGCGACCAUCGCCUUGUUCUGCGAAGGCUGCUUAUCGAUUAGCAGACAAACUUGGCCUUCUUGAUCUGAAAGAGCGUGCAUAUCAGCACAUUCAGAAGUCGCUCACUGUCGACAAUAUUCCAUACGAGGUGUUUUCUCCAUUCUCUGCAACCUUUUCGGACGUCCGCAAGGUCCAAGUCAGUUUCUUCCUUGAGCACUGGGGGGAUAUCCGUUCUUCAGACGCGAUGCGCAGCGUGUGGCAACAAAUUCGUAUAGGACGGCAUCCUGGAUUCGAGGAAGUAUGGCCCUUGAUUGCACAGCAUUUAGAGUUUAACCCGAAAACGGGAGGAACAGGAGAUGCGGAACCGAUUGAGGGUUAGAAGUAGGAGCAACAAGCUUGCUUCAUUGCAAUGACAUCAUGUAUAUAUGUUUCUACAUACUGAUCAAGCUACUGUCUAUAUAAACUCGGUACUGAAUGUAUGAUGACUCUCCUUGUCCACAAAGUUAUUCAAAAAGAAAAACUUGCAGGUUUCUGCAUCACAUC